AAGCGUCUGAGGAGCAGGAGGACUGAGAGCGGCUCGCGGAUGGAUCGUAGGACGCGCAGCACCGGAGCCCGAGCCUCCCGUAGCGCGUGAGCCCGGUGCCCGCCGCAGUGCACACGGAUCCGUGGAGUUGACGCGCGCUGCUCGGGAUCACCGGGCACGUCCUGCGCCCGGGAAGCAACUCGGUGACUGCGAAGAAAGUUUGUGGGGCGGGGGGAGGGGGGGGCAGCGGUGAGGCUUCCCGAGCUGCUCAUGAAGGAUUACGCGCGGCGGCUCGCAUGGCAUCGGACCGCCGGCCGGGUGGGAAUAUAUCCUGAGGAUGCCGCUUGAUCGUGGAAUAGUAAACUGAAGAAGAGGAGGAGGAAGAAGAGCAGCAGCAGCGCCGCGCAUUUCUUUGGUGUCUGUAGAUUUGGAGACAUUCCUCCUCCGGAGCGGCUCAUGCGCUCCCCGCCCGAGUCGCGCGUGCAGAGCAGAUACGUCCUCCCGCCCAGGUGAUUGGGUGGAUUCCAGUGAGUGACCGGCGCCCCGGCAGCAGUUGAUGGUUGGGCGGAGCCCCUCCGAUGGGAUCCGUGUCCAGGGGGAGGUGGAGGAAGGGGGCAUGGCGAGCCCCCGCUAACGGGAUGGCCUCCUGGCUGCUGGCCGCCCUCCUGCUGUCGCUGCUGACCGCCAGCCUGGCCCGGCCGCCCCUCACCGCCACCACCGAGGAGGAGGCCACCGUGGAACCUGAAGAGGCGUCCACCAGGCCCCAGGUGUCUACGCCCACGCUGAGCUCCGUGCACCCGGGGGAGCUGCUGAAGCUGAGCUGCCCUCUGCCUCCGUCGGGCACCGUCACCUGGACCAAAGACGGCCGCCCUCUGGGCGCCGACAACCGCACGCUGCUGCGGGAGGAGGUGCUGCAGGUCCACGAGGCCACGCCCACCGACUCGGGCCUGUACACCUGCACCGCCGCCGGCAGAGACACGGCCCGCUUCAUCGUGAACGUCACAGAUGCCAUCUCGUCGGGGGAUGACGAGGACGAUACGGAGCGGUCGGAGGACACGGGGGCGGACGGAGAGCAGAUAACCGCUCCGUACUGGACCUCGUCGGCCAAGAUGGAGAAGAGGCUGCACGCCGUUCCGGCCGCCAACACCGUCAAGUUCCGCUGCGCCGCCGGAGGAAACCCCCGACCCCAGCUGCGCUGGCUGAAGAACGGCCGGCCGUUCCGCCAGGAGGACCGCAUGGGGGGCUACAAGGUGCGCAGCCAGCACUGGACCCUCAUCAUGGAGAGCGUGGUGCCGUCGGACAAGGGCAACUACACCUGCCUGGUGGAGAACGAGUUCGGAGCCAUCAACCACACCUACACCCUGGAUGUCGUGGAGCGCUCCCCCCACCGGCCCAUCCUGCAGGCCGGCCUCCCGGCCAACGUGACGGUGCACGUGGGCGAGGACGCCCGCUUCGUGUGUAAGGUGUACAGCGACGCCCAGCCGCACAUCCAGUGGCUGAAGCACAUCACGCAGAACGGCAGCCGCUACGGGCCGGACGGACACCCGUACGUCCGGGUGCUGAAGACUGCAGGUGUUAACACCACCGAUAAGGAGAUAGAAGCUCUGUUGUUGCCCAACGUCACGUUGGAGGACUCUGGAGAGUUCACCUGCUUGGCCGGUAACUCUAUCGGGAUCUCCUUUCACACUGCGUGGCUGACGGUGCUGCCAGCUCUGGACAAGUCUCCGGGGCCUUUCUCUCCAGACUACGUGGAGAUCGCCAUCUACUGCGCCGGCGUGUUCCUCAUCGCCUGCAUGGUGGGCAUCGUGGUGAUCUGCCGCAUGAGGAACACGGCAAAGAAACCCGACUUCGGGGGCCAGCCGGCGGUCCACAAGCUGAGCAAGCAGAUCCCUCUGCGGCGCCAGGUGUCGGCAGACUCCAGCUCCUCCAUGAACUCCAGCACGCCGCUGGUCCGCAUCACGACCCGGCGGAGUUCUGCGCACGACGACCCGAUCCCCGAGUACGACCUUCCCGAGGAUCCGCGCUGGGAGUUUUCCCGAGACCGGCUGACCCUGGGCAAGCCCCUCGGUGAAGGCUGCUUCGGCCAGGUGGUCAUGGCGGAGGGCCUGGGCAUCGACAAGGACCGACCCAAGGAGGCCGCGACGGUGGCGGUCAAGAUGCUGAAAGAUGACGCCACUGAGAAAGACCUGUCUGACCUGGUGUCGGAGAUGGAGAUGAUGAAGAUGAUUGGCAAACAUAAGAACAUCAUCAACCUCCUGGGGGCCUGCACUCAAUACGGUCCCCUCUAUGUGAUAGUGGAGUACGCCUCCAAAGGGAACCUGAGGGAGUACCUCCGGGCCCGCCGGCCCCCCGGCAUGGAGUACUCCUACGACAUCGCCCGUGUGUCAGACGAGCAGCUUACCUUUAAAGAUCUCGUCUCCUGCACUUAUCAGGUGGCACGGGGCAUGGAGUACCUAGCAUCACAGAAGUGUAUACACAGAGACCUGGCGGCCAGGAACGUCCUGGUCACCGAGAGCAACUUCAUGAAGAUCGCCGACUUCGGGCUGGCCAGGGACGUCCACAACAUCGACUACUACAAGAAGACCACCAACGGUCGGCUGCCGGUGAAGUGGAUGGCUCCAGAGGCGCUGUUCGACCGGGUCUACACCCACCAGAGUGACGUCUGGUCCUUCGGGGUGCUGAUGUGGGAGAUCUUCACCCUCGGGGGCUCGCCCUACCCCGGCAUCCCGGUGGAGGAGCUCUUCAAGCUGCUGAAGGAGGGACACCGCAUGGACAAGCCGGGCAACUGCACCAACGAGCUGUACAUGAUGAUGAAAGACUGCUGGCACGCCAUCUCCUCCCACAGGCCGACCUUCAAGCAGCUCGUCGAGGACCUGGAUCGCAUCCUGUCCCUCAACACCAACGAGGAGUACCUGGACCUGUGCGCCCCGGCGGAGCAGUACUCGCCCAGCUUCCCCGACACGCGCAGCUCCUGCUCCUCCGGGGACGACUCUGUGUUCUCCCACGACCCGCUGCAGGACGAGCCCUGCCUGGCCCAGUACCAGCACAUCGCCGUGAAGACAUGAGCCCGGCCCGGCUCAGCUGGACUCGCCCGGCUCCCCUCGAUACCCGGCUGGACUCGCCCGUCUCCCCCCUCGAUACCCGGCUGGACUCGCCCGUCUCCCCCCUCGAUACCCAGCUGGACUCGCCCGUCUCCCCCCUCGAUACCCGGCUGGACUCGCCCGGCUCCCCCCUCGAUACCUAGCUGGACUCGCCCGGCUCCCCCCUCGGCUCAGCUGGACUCGCCCGGCUCCCCUCGAUACUCGGCUGGACUCGCCCGUCUCCCCCCUCGAUACUCGGCUGGACUCGCCCGUCUCCCCCCUCGAUACCCGGUUGGACUCGCCCGUCUCCCCCCUCGAUACCCGGUUGGACUCGCCCGUCUCCCCCCUCGAUACUCGGCUGGACUCGCCCGUCUCCCCCCUCGAUACUCGGCUGGACUCGCCCGUCUCCCCCCUCGAUACCCGGUUGGACUCGCCCGUCUCCCCCCUCGAUACUCGGCUGGACUCGCCCGGCUCCCCCCUCGGCUCAGCUGGACUCGCCCGGCUCCCCCCUCGACUCAGCUGGACUCGCCCGGCUCCCCCCUCGAUACUCGGCUGGACUCGCCCGGCUCCCCCCUCGAUACCCAGCUGGACUCGCCCGGCUCCCCCCUCCCCUCGAUACUCAGCUGGACUCGCCCGGCUCCCCCCUCGAUACCCGGCUGGACUCGCCCGGCUCCCCCCUCGGCUCAGCUGGACUCGCCCGGCUCCCCCCUCGAUACCCAGCUGGACUCGCCCGGCUCCCCCCUCCCCUCGAUACUCAGCUGGACUCGCCCGUCUCACCCCUCGAUGCCCCCAAACACACCUAGCACACCCCAUCACUCUGGCUCCCGGUGGACUAAUGGACCCAGAUGGGACUGAGCUGGUGGCAGCGCCGCACACACACUGCCAUGCACACUACACACACACACCAUACACACACUACCCCCCCCCCCCAGAGGUCUUACAGGAGAGGACAGGACGUUCCUCCUCCUUCAUAAACAUUCUUUGGAGAGUUGAUCUCGAGGUUUCCUGCGUUCUCAUUGGCUGAUCCCAUUCCAGCGGCUGGCAUUCCAAGUGAUUAGCUCCUAGAGGAAUGUAUGCACUGAUGUGGACCACCAGGGCCCAACAGGGACCACCAGGGCCCAGCAGGGCCCAGAAGAGCAGGACCAAUAGGAACAGGACUAACAGCAAUAGAAGGAGAGCGCCUAUAGAAACGACUCUUCUGUUUAUUUUGUAAUAUUGAUUUAUUUUUCAGUUCUAUUGAUAAAACCUUCCCAAUUAUUGUGGAGAGAAAACACUACAUGGUAUAUUGUAUAGUGCUGGGUAUAUUUGUAAAUAUAUUCAAAAUGUAUAAAUAUAUAUUAUAUAUUUACAAUGAAUUAUUUUUUGUAUGGACCCUCUCCACCGUAUUUUGAGGCAGGUAUUCUAACAGGUUAUGUGUCCUUUAUUUCUCCACACACACACACACAGAUACACACUCUGAUGUACACCUGUUUUACUCAGUUGAGUAUUGGCUUUCAGGGACUGAGGUAGAAUGUUAAUUUAUUGACGUGUUUUUUUUUUUUUAAUGAAUCAAAAAAGUCAGGAGAAAACAAGAAGAACACAAACCACCCGUCAGAACUGAUGAAUGAAGCUGAUAACACAGAAUAAUCCAUGAACUUUAAGGUAAUAUAAAAUGAUCCUUCAGCAAUAACAGAAAAGGCUAUUUUUAGUAGGGUUGAAAGAUCCAGGUUUUGUAAGUUUUAUAUAUAUGAAUGUGAAUAUUAAGUUAAAUUUAAAACAAUGUACAUUUUAUAGUCAGCUAAUCGCUUUGGUACGUAGCUGUCGACGCUAUUUCUAUCCAGUGAUUUUACUCCAAGCUCGGCUUUAGGAAGCGAGCCUGAGUCCUGGAUAUUUAUAUGUGAUUGACAGGAAAGGAUUUGUAAAUGAUUCCUAGCAACGCUCUCUCCCUCAUUCGACUAAAAACUACAAUUUGACAGAAUUUAAAGCUGAAAAACAAAGUAUUAAAUCAUUCAAGUGUCUUUUGUCUUUUUCUACUGGACCAACUUCAACUUUUUGUUUUGCUAGUGUUCAUGCCACAUUUGCGAAAUAAAAGAUGGAAAUAUA